GACACUAGCUCAGCCUCAGUACCUGUGAACUCUCCCUCCUCCCCGCCGUUUAUUAUUCACCACAUUUUCCCGGUCUCUUAUCGCUAAUGCUUUGGAUUCCUGCUCAAUAAUAUAAUAAAUGCAGAUUUUCUCUCCUCUAAAUCUCCGUCUGGCUCUUUCUAUUUGUACCAUCUCCAGAUCUACUCCCCCAAUUCUUUAAUUAAUCUUUCCCAGCCUUUCUUCCUUUCCUUCCCUCUGUCACUAUGAUGAUGUUUCGAGUUUUUGCUUCCACUUUGCUCUGUUACUUUCUCUACCUGUCGUUUUCCUAUAGCGCCGUUGCUUAUGGGAGCAUGGAGACUUGCUCCGGCAUAGUGCCGAUGAGGUACAGGCACGAGAGGAUUUCGAUAACGGAUUUCGGUGCGGUGGGGGACGGCCGGACGAUGAACACCAAGGCGUUUAGAGCGGCGAUUUACUGGAUUCAGCAUCUGAGGAAGCGAGGUGGCACGCUCCUUUACGUGCCUCCUGGCGUCUACUUAACGGAGAGCUUCAAUCUCGCUAGCCACAUGACUCUGUAUUUGGCUCAAGGUGCCGUUAUCAAAGCCACUCAGGAAACCUGGAAUUGGCCUUUAAUUGCUCCCUUGCCAUCUUAUGGAAGAGGCAGGGAGCUUCCUGGAGAAAGGUAUAUGAGCUUUAUCCAUGGGGAUGGACUAGAUGAUGUGAUAAUCACUGGUAGGUCUGAGCAUGAAUGAUUUUUUAUUUGAGUUCCAUGAACCUCUGUUCUGCCACAGUUAGAGAGUGUCUUAGGCUAAUAAACAAUCUGCGCUAGAAACUGUUGGAGUCCUACAGCAUAGUGAUAUUUAUCUGAUUAUUCUUUUCUAGGUUCAGUUCUCAGGAUUGAGUUAUGUUUUUUCUUAAUUUCAUGUUAAAUGGCAUAGGUGAGAAUGGCACAAUAGAUGGCAUGGGAGGUGUUUGGUGGGACAUGUGGAGAGACAGAACUCUCCAACAUACACGACCAAAUCUCGUUGAAUUCUUAAAUUCCAAAAACAUUAUCAUUUCCAAUGUGAUCUUCCAAAAUUCCCCAUUCUGGAACAUUCACCCCGUUUAUUGCAGGUAAUCAUCCUAUUAACUGUUACCUUGUCAGUUAGUGAGAAUCAUACUGUAAUAGGGAAGCAAUUGUAAUAUGAGGUCUCCUUAGUGUGAUUGGUAUUGUGUAGACUAAGAACUUCUUCCCAAUUUGAUAAAGUAUUCCAAAAUAU